CCUGAUGGUGUGGCUAAUGUGAUUAGGUCCUAUGAUGGUGUCACUUGAAUAGAUAUGUGGACAGAGCUGGCAUCGGGCUUUGUUGCAAGAAUAGGUUCCUGGCUUAGUGUUUAUGUUGCAUGAUGUGCGGUUGCUGGUGAGUAUUUGCUUCAGGUUGGGAGGCUGUCUGUAAGCAAGGACUGCCCUGUCUCUCAAGAUCUGUGAGAGUGAGGGAUCAUCUUUCAGGAUAGGUUGUAGACCUCUGAUGAUGCGCUAGACAGGUUUUAGAUGGGGGCUCCAGGUGACCGGUAGUGGUGUUUGUUAUUUUCUUUGUUGGGCCUGUUCUGUAGUAGGUGGCUCUGGGUACUCUUCUGGCUCUGUCAAUCUGUUUUUUCCUUCAGCAGGGCUAAAAUUCAGAAUAACAUGAACUCACAGCUGGUGAUUCCUGGCUUGAUCAUCUUGGCCAUUAAACUUGUCGGAAUGUCCCUGUUCAUUGUAUAUUUUUCACAGAUCUUCUCCACUGAAGACGCAACAGAGAACUCUUGGUCUUCAACCAGCAGUGGAAGAACAGACUGCCCGAUACGGUGGACUUUUCAAAGGGGAAAAUGCUACUUCUUUUCUGUUCAGGAAAAGACUUGGAAUGCCAGUCAAAGAGCAUGUUCUGAAGCAAACUCUAGUUUAGUGAUCAUCAACAGCAAAGAGGAACUGGAGUUUCUCCAUAGUAACACAAAAGCUGAAGAUUACUUCAUUGGCUUGUCAGUUAGAGGAGCUGAAGGUAGAUGGAAAUGGAUUGACAACACAGAGCUUAACACAGACAUAUUUAUGAAACGUUUGAAUAGUGACACCUCUGCUUGUGUUGUAAUCGGAUUAACUGUCGUGGGUACUAUAUCUUGUUCUGUACCAAACCGGUGGAUCUGUGAAAAGAAAGCAUAACAGCUCCCUUGGACAGAGGAAGACUCUGGGGCUGUCACACACAGGCUAACUGGAACUUGGGUGGCACUGUUUAGUGGUUAGAGCAAGCCAUUCGGAGUCAGGAGACAGGUUUUCUUCUAUACUAUAUCGGCUGAAAGGCCUUGGCAUAGUUACUUUGGCUUUUUGUGCCUCAGUUUUCCCAUCUCUAGAAAAAGAAUAAUAGUAUCCACUUUUGCAAAGUAUACCCAUGAGCUCCUCAGAUGACAUGCACUCAGGGCCGGCGCUUGCAUUUAGGCGGCUUAGGCAAUCGCCUAGGGUGCCAACAUUAUUAGGGGGCGGCAUUUUGCUGGAGGGGGCGGCAGGCAGCUCCGGUGGAGCGGCCACAGUGGUGCCUGGGGAGAGUCCGCUGGUCCGCGGCUGCGGUCGACCUCCUGCAGGCACGACUGCGGCAGCUCCACUGGAGCCACAGGAGCAGCCGACCGUCCGUAGGCAGGACUGUGGAGCUGGGGGACCAGCGCGUGGGGCGGCAAAAUGGCCGUGCGCCUAGGGCGCUCAAACCCCUAGAGCCGGUCCUGCAUGCACUAUGGUGGUGCCAUGUACUGAUGUUAAUGCCCAUAUAAUGCUGUAUUCACACAACCUUAAGUAAAUCACUCCCAUAUAAAAUUGCAUAGAGGCUAAUUCUCUGUCUUACACACAUAUGCAGUCAGGGACAAACUUACCACUGACAUAAGCAGGUGCAAUUCUAUUAACUUCAUAUUAAAAUGCAGAGAAUCCUUGAAUUAAAAUAAGCAUGACAGAUAAAAAGUGGAGGCUGAAGAAGACAAAAGUGGUGUUGGAAAUGACAAUGGUUAAAAACACUGUUAUGUAGAAAGGUUUGGGGGUAGAGCAAGACCUGUGCACCUGGAAGACCCUGUUCAGACCAAGGACAUUAGAAUCCUUGGAACUGUUGAGAACAACACAAUUUUUCUGGAGGCCCUUUUUAAAAGCUAUGUAGCAGCUCAGCUAUAUUUAGCACUUUGAUAGAGCUUUAUGGGACUGAUUCUCUGCUCACUUUCACAGGAAUAACUUUAUUAAUGUCUUUGGAGUUACACCCGUUCAAAAUCAACCUGGCACCAGGAGUAAAAUCUUGACCCCCCACUGGAAUCAAUAGCAAAACUCUCACUGACUUCAAUAAGGUGAGGAUUUCACUCCUAAUCGUGUGAGAAACGCACAAACAUUAGCUAAUUAAAGAGAACACAGUUUCCUGUAGGUUGAAUACUGUUGUUACUGAUCACCACAAUGAAACACAUGGAAGGUACACCACAAAGGGAAGUACAACGCUUGACACACUUCCUGUGAUGUAUAAAACGGAAAAUUUUAAAUAGCAGGAGCUGUGGUGAGACACUAAGAUCGUAUUAUAGCUAGCACGAAUUGUUAAUGUUUCUGGACUUAAGCCUUGUGAUGCAACAGGGAAGUAAAAAAAUUGUAAAAAAAAAA